GCGGUGCCACCGCGGGGGACUCGCCGCCCCCCCCCCCUCGGAAGAUGUUGCUCUCCAAGUUCGGCUCGUUGGCUCACAUCUGCAGCCCCACCAGCAUGGACCACUUGCCGGUGAAGAUCCUCCAGCCAGUAAAAGUGGAGAAGGAGCCGUUCGAUAAAGUCUACCAGGUGGGCUCCGUGCUGGGCAGCGGCGGCUUCGGCACCGUCUACGCGGGGAGCAGGAUCGCCGACGGCUUGCCGGUCGCCGUGAAGCAUGUGGUGAAGGAGAGGGUGACCGAGUGGGGCACGAUUAGCGGCGUCAUGGUGCCCCUGGAGAUCGUCCUCCUGAAAAAGGUGGGCUCCGGCUUCAGAGGGGUCAUCAAGCUGCUGGACUGGUACGAGCGGCCCGACGGCUACCUGAUCAUCAUGGAGCGGCCCGAGCUGGUGAAGGACCUCUUCGACUUCAUCACGGAGAAGGGCGCCCUGGACGAGGAGACGGCCCGCGGGUUCUUCCGGCAGGUGCUGGAGGCGGUGCGGCACUGCUACGGCUGCGGCGUGGUGCACCGGGACAUCAAGGACGAGAACCUGCUGGUUGACCUCAGGACAGGCGAGCUGAAGCUGAUCGACUUCGGCUCGGGGGCCCUCCUCAAGGACACGGUCUAUACCGAUUUCGACGGAACGAGAGUAUACAGCCCUCCAGAAUGGAUCCGAUACCACAGAUACCAUGGGAGGUCAGCAACAGUAUGGUCUCUGGGAGUUCUGCUGUACGAUAUGGUUUGUGGAGACAUCCCUUUUGAGCAAGAUGAAGAAAUCUUGAGGGGACGAUUAUACUUCAGGAGAAGAAUUUCACCUGAAUGUCAACAACUGAUCAAAUGGUGCCUUUCACUGAGGCCUUCAGACAGACCAACACUUGAGCAAAUUUUUGACCAUCAAUGGAUGCACAAAUCUGAAGUAGUGAAGUCUGAGGACUGUGACAUAAGGCUACGGACCCUUGAUACUGAUGUAUCUAGCACAAGUUCAAGUAAUGAGAGUCUGUGAAUUACUAAGGACCUCGCACUGGGAGGGGAGCUACAAGCAGAAAGACCACAGUGCUGCUGCCAAUACGUAGGAGGGGCUAGAAAAAUGCAUUCAUUAUUCUGUAGUUGAAUCUUUGUCUGAGGGACUUGAUUUUAUUUUCCCCCUUUGCUGGUUUCUGCUUUGGAAUGAGAGAUUUCCUUUGGAAACGCUGAUGUUUGGGAGUUGCAGGCCAGUACUUAGUCAAAGACUGACCUUAUUAAGAAAGCAGUGACCUCUUGAAUACAUGGUAAACUUUUUUGCUCUCAUAGAGCCUGGACUAGAUUUUAUUUGCUUUUGAGUGCCUUUUUGAAAGCUGCUUCAGUGGGACUUUCUUUUUUGAGCUGUGUAUGUCCAAAGAAGAUCCAGUUCAUUAUAGGAAUUUGCUCCCUUUAGACUGAGUGCUGGAGGAAGCAGCUCCUAUGAUGCAUUGGAGAACAUGUUCGGUGAUUGAAUGAAGUAGUCCCAUCCACUGGUGAUGGAAUACUUGAACACAGACAUUUCACUCCUGCCCCCAGCCCUUUCCAAAUCCAACCCACCUCUGCUGCUCAAAAUAUUUCCUAUAGCCUGCACAGAAAUAUGAACAGGUAUAUCAGCUUUUUUAUCAGAAACAUUUAUUCAUGUUUCCUUUUAUCAUCUCUACCACUGGGCAUGAGAAGCCCCUUUCUCAACUCCCCCCGGCCUUUUGUCACCCUGCGAGUCUUAAAGUAUGUAUGGGCAUGUUGAAUGCACAAUCAAUGCAAUAUUCAAGACCUUACUUUUUUUUUCCAUACCUGUAUAAUGUGUUUAUGUAAA